GAGCUUCACAUCGGACAGCAAAUGUACUUUUGUAACUUUCUGCCAAAAUGGAGGGUUCUUGGCUAUCUCUCUCCUCUCGCUCUCUUUCUGCAAAACUUCCUCUGAAAAACUAAACACUCACUCCAUCAUCUUCAACGGCUGAUCUAAUUUCAUUCAGGUUUAAAAGGAAUUGGAGUUUGGCUAAAGAUUUUGAUGUCUCCACCACUGCUUGGUGUUGGGGAGGAGGGACAUAGCAAUGUGACUUUACUGGCUUCUUCGGCUUCCACAAGCAGUAUGUGCCAGAACGGUUCACUAUUAAAGGAGCAUAACUACAUGGGGUUAUCUAAUUGUUCUUUUGCAGACAAUUAUAUGAUAUCCACCGCAUCGAAAGACAAUAAGAGCUGUCUAAAUUUGAAGGCUACAGAGCUGAGGCUUGGACUUCCUGGAUCCCAGUCUCCCGAAAGAGACCCAGAGAUAUGCCGGCUAAGCUCUGCAAAACUUGAUGAGAAGCCUCUCUUCCCUUUGAAUCCUUCAAAGGAUAAUAACAACUCGUUGCCACAGAAGAUGGUCAUUUCAGGCAAUAAAAGAGGGUUCUCUGAUGCUAUGGAUGUAUUCUCGGAGGGAAAAUUUCUUGCUAGUUCGGAGGCCAACAUGAUACCAUCACCCAGGUCUUCUCCAAACAUUGGAUUGAACCCUGGUACUGUGAAAGAUAUCCCUGGGACUCAGCCAGCCAAAAUGAAAGAGGCAGAGCCCCGGAAUGUUGUUAAGGACAGGUCGCAUUCUACCGUUGACAACUGCUCAAACCGUGUUGAUGCCACGAAUAACAAUAUCAGUGCUCCUGCUACAAAGGCACAGGUUGUGGGUUGGCCACCUAUAAGAUCCUUUAGGAAGAAUACAUUGGCUACUACUUUGAAGAAUAAUGAUGAAGUCGAUGGAAAAGCCGGGCCUGGUGCUAUGUUUGUUAAGGUCAGCAUGGAUGGCGCGCCUUAUCUAAGGAAAGUGGACUUGAGAACAUACUCCGCAUACCAGGAGCUCUCUGCUGCCCUUGAGAAGAUGUUCAGCUGUUUUACCAUAGGCCAGUAUGGUUCUCAUGGAGUUCCAGGCAGGGAGAUGCUAAGCGAGAGCAAACUGAAGGAUUUGCUGCAUGGAUCAGAAUAUGUCCUUACUUACGAGGAUAAAGAUGGUGACUGGAUGCUUGUGGGUGAUGUCCCUUGGGAGAUGUUUACUGAUACAUGCAGAAGGCUGAGGAUCAUGAAGAGUUCUGAUGCAAUUGGCCUAGCUCCGAGGGCUGUGGAGAAAUGCCGGAACAGGAACUAGCUAGUGUUUGCGUAUGAUUGUUGCUAUCCAUCCAGCAGUAUAGGAGGGAAGGGAUUGGAGAAAGGGCCAAAAAGCACAUGACCAUGAUUUCAGUUGGAGGUGAGUCAUAAUACGUUGGCAAUGGACAGCAGAUCAUGAGUAGAUGCUUUUUGUUCUUUCAGUGUCCGGUAAUUCAUGUUCUCUGAGCUUUGUUUCUUGUCUAAUAUAAAAUCCUUAAGACCCUUUAUCUGGGAGUACAUCUGCAACUUAAGCAAUCUGUGUGUGUCAAGUUCCUGUUCCCAUGCAGGAUCAUUAUCAUGUAAAGUGUAUUGUUUGUUGAACAUGUCCGGAAUUGUUUGAUAAAGCCUGAUUUACAUAUUUACUGCC